CCGGCAUUAAACCACGGGUUGGCUAGGCGGGCGGCGCCGAUAUUCUGCGUCACCACCUGGGCGGGGCCGUUCUGCUGCUGACGACAUCAACCCGGCACCUGCCAACAUGGAAGGUAGCGAUGGCAGCGUCGCUGUGGCUGGCCUCGGGGCUCGAGGCUCUGGAGCGGCUGCAGCGACAGUCCGGGAACUUCUGCAGGACGAGUGUUAUAGUGACUUUUUAAAUGAAGACUUUGAUGUAAAGACUUAUACUUCACAAUCUAUUCAUCAAGCUGUAAUUGCUGAACAACUAGCAAAACUUGCCCAAGGAAUCAGUCAGUUGGACAAAGAACUACAUUUACAGGUUGUUGCAAGACAUGAAGAUUUACUGGCACAAGCAACUGGGAUUGAGUCAUUGGAAGGUGUUCUUCAGAUGAUGCAGACGAGAAUUGGGGCUUUACAGGGAGCUGUUGAUAGGAUAAAAGCAAAAAUUGUUGAUCCAUACAAUAAGAUAGUUGCCCGUACUGCACAACUAGCAAGACUUCAGGUUGCCUGUGAUUUGCUUCGGAGAAUUAUUCGUAUCUUGAAUCUCAGUAAGAGACUCCAAGGACAACUGCAAGGGGGAAGUAGAGAGAUAACAAAAGCUGCUCAGAGUCUCAAUGAACUUGAUUAUCUUUCUCAAGGAAUAGACCUUUCUGGAAUCGAGGUGAUAGAAAAUGAUCUACUUUUUAUUGCAAGAGCCCGACUUGAAGUGGAAAAUCAAGCUAAGCGCCUACUAGAGCAGGGUUUGGAGACUCAGAACCCAACUCAAGUCGGAACAGCUCUUCAGGUUUUCCAUAACCUUGGAACUUUGAAGGAUACUAUUACCAAUGUUGUGGAUGGAUAUUGUGCUACUUUAGAAGAAAAUAUCAACAGUGCAUUAGACAUAAAAGUUUUGACUCAGCCUUCCCAGUCAGCUUUGAGAGGGGGUCCUGGACGAUCUACCAUGCCAACCCCAGGAAAUACUGCCGCUUUGCGUGCUUCACUCUGGACCAAUAUGGAGAAACUUAUGGAUCAUAUUUAUGCUGUUUGUGGACAGGUACAACAUCUACAAAAAGUACUGGCCAAGAAGAGAGAUCCUGUUUCUCACAUUUGUUUCAUUGAAGAAAUAGUUAAGGAUGGACAACCUGAAAUUUUCUACACAUUUUGGAAUUCAGUUACUCAGGCACUUUCUUCUCAGUUUCAUAUGGCAACAAACUCUUCUAUGUUUUUGAAGCAGGCAUUUGAGGGAGAAUACCCCAAAUUAUUACGUCUUUAUAAUGACUUAUGGAAGCGUCUUCAACAAUAUGGUCAGAAUAUCCAAGGGAAUUUUAAUGCCAGUGGAACUACAGACCUCUAUGUUGACCUACAACUCAUGGAAGAUGAUGCACAAGAUAUAUUCAUACCAAAAAAGCCGGAUUAUGAUCCAGAAAAGGCUUUGAAAGACUCACUACAACCCUAUGAGGCUGCUUAUCUAUCAAAAUCCUUAUCUCGACUCUUCGAUCCUAUCAACUUGGUUUUUCCCCCAGGUGGUCGUAAUCCUCCUUCCUCUGAUGAACUUGAUGGUAUCAUUAAAACUAUAGCAAGUGAACUAAAUGUUGCUGCGGUUGAUACAAACCUCACAUUAGCUGUGUCAAAAAAUGUGGCAAAGACCAUCCAGUUAUACAGCGUAAAAUCAGAGCAGCUUCUCUCCACACAAGGAGAUGCAAGUCAGGUGAUUGGGCCUCUUACUGAAGGACAGAGAAGAAAUGUGGCAGUAGUGAAUUCACUGUAUAAAUUGCACCAGUCAGUAACAAAGGUCGUUUCCAGUCAGAGUUCAUUCCCACCGGCAGCUGAGCAAACUAUAAUUUCAGCUCUAAAGGCUAUUCAUGCUCUUAUGGAAAAUGCUGUGCAACCCUUACUCACUUCUGUGGGAGAUGCUGUAGAGGCCAUAAUCAUCACCAUGCAUCAAGAAGAUUUUUCUGGAUCAUUACCCAGCUCAGGAAGACCUGAUGUUCCUUGUUCUCUGUACAUGAAGGAGCUACAAGGAUUCAUUGCCAGAGUUAUGAGUGACUAUUUUAAACACUUUGAAUGCUUGGAUUUUGUCUUUGACAACACUGAGGCUAUUGCCCAAAGAGCAAUUGAACUUUUUAUCCGCCAUGCCAGUCUCAUAAGACCUCUUGGUGAAGGUGGGAAAAUGCGACUUGCUGCUGAUUUUGCACAGAUGGAGUUGGCUGUGGGUCCAUUCUGUAGACGAGUAUCUGAUUUAGGAAAGUCCUAUCGAAUGCUGAGAUCAUUCAGACCUCUCCUCUUCCAAACAAGUGAACAUGUAGCCAAUAGUCCUGCACUGGGGGAUGUGAUUCCGUUCAGCAUCAUUAUUCAGUUUUUGUUCACGAGAGCACCUGCUGAGCUGAAAUCUCCUUUCCAGAGGGCAGAGUGGUCCCACGCACGCUUCUCUCAGUGGCUAGAUGACCACCCAUCUGAAAAGGACAGGCUCCUCCUCAUCAGGGGAGCCCUGGAAGCUUACGUUCAAUCAGUGAGAAGUAGAGAAGGCAAAGAAUUUGCACCAGUUUAUCCCAUAAUGGUUCAGCUGCUUCAAAAAGCUAUGUCUGCUCUUCAGUAACAGUAUGAAAUCUUUGUUCAUCUCCACUUUGUGCUAACCCAUUCAUAGUUGGCAGUUAACACAUACUCCAAAAGAUAGCUACUGUCCAUUGUUUUAAGAAUGUAAUUGAUUGUUCUGUAUUUCCUAUUGAUCUUUAUUUACCUCUUUAGCACUUUAGCAUAAAAUUGUCAUCAUCACAUCCUUUUAAUUUCAUGGACCUGAUUUUUCCAGAAAGUUUUCUGCUUUCAGAUUUUUGUGCAAGGCUAAAAUUUCUUUCCCAUCCAUAACUGAGUCCUCUUAUGCGUACAUAUACCCAAAGUCCCCACUUCCUUUAAAAGGAUAUGAUCAAGUUAUAUACUCUGCUUCCCCCAGCCCUGCCUUCUUCACUAAAUAAGCACGUAGCUCAGUGGCUUCCAAACUUAGCUGCAUGUUCAUAUCAUCAGGGGAGUUUUUAAAAAUUCUGAUGCUCAACUUGCACUCCAUAUUAAUUAACAUGUGAGUGGGAGCCUAACACCAGUAUCAAAAAAAAAAAAAUCCCCAAAGUGAUGCCAAUAGACAACAAAGUUUAGGAACCACUGGCACAUCUCAAAGCUAAGAUCCAGGGUUAAACAGCCUUAAAAUGUCAUACUGGAUCUUUAAAUAAAGGAAGGCUUUCGUUAUACUUUGUCAUGGUAUUAAAAGCAGACCUUUGGGGCUGUUUAACCUUGUAACAAAGAUGCCACGUGAAAAGUAAACAUUUUUAUUCUAUAGCGAAA